ACAGCCAUAUUCACAUAAAGAUAAACAUUUAUUUAAAAAAUCGGAAAUGGUGGAAAUGACAUAAAAACCGUGGAAUAGUUGAAGUAUUUACAAGUUUUACCAGGGUAUAACCCAUCCGCCCGGACCCGACCCGGAUUUAUGGUCAAUUGAAUUGAACCGAAUCGUCUAACCAUCUAACCCAUCCCUCGAAACCAAACCAAUCCCUCGAAACCAAACGAAACCAAACCCAAUCCUCGAAACCGAACCAAUCCCUGGAAAACCAAACGAAAUCUGUCGGUUUUCAAUAACUCAAUUUAAUUUAACUGAAUUUCGACAAUCUCUUCUUCUCCAUUUUUCCCCCUUUCACUCACUCAAAUCCCCUAAUUCGAAGGAUUUGAACUCGAGUUUUGAACUCUUUCAGCCUCCAAUUCCUCUACGUACCCAAAAUCAACGGUGAGAACGAACGGAGAGAGAGAAGAAUUCAGAGGAAAUCGAGUGCGAUGGUGGUUGAAACGAGAGGAGGUAAGAGGAAGGAUAAUCCAACGAAGGAAGAGACUCGGAGAGUGAAGUUUGCGAAGGAGAAGGAGACAAGUCAGACGACGGCGGCGGCUGAGGACUUCGAUAACAUCGAGAAGACGACGGAGAUGACGGAGACUGCGGAGAAGACGAGUGAGGACUCGAGGGAGACUACGGCGGGAACGAAGCCGACUGAGCCGACUGCUCCGACGACAGUUGUUGGUGGCCCAUCUCUUCCAGCUCCUCCAGCUCCUCCAGCAACUCCGGCGAUUGGGACUCAUUCUGGAGAUGAUGAGAUUGAAGGUUCUGAAGAAGGAAAUGAAGACGGAGAAGGUUCUGAAGAAGAAAAUGGAGAUGGAGAUGGAGCUGCAGAAGGAAAGGAUGAUGAGAAUGGAGGUUCCGAAGAAGUAAGAGAAGAGAUUGAGAACGUUGAGGACAAAAGACCAGAAGAAAAGGAAUCUGAUUACAUGUUGAAGGAGAUCUCUCACACAAUGAAACAUUUUGGAAGGGUUGUGAAAGAGAAUACGUUGUGGCCUCUUCCAGGUUUCUGUGUCCCAACUAGAGGUAUGUGAAAUCCCUUUAAUGACAUGAUAACAAUUAUGAUGGCAUUACAUAAUGUGGUGUUGUGAUGUUUUACAGCUUAUUGCAUUCGAGGCAAUUCCUACAUAUUUGAGUUAAAACUAAGGUAGGACUAGGGUAGAACUAAGGUAGGACUAGGGUAGAACUAAGGUAAGCCUAUGGUAGGAGUAGGGUGGAAUAAAGGUAGAACUAAGUUUGUACAUUUAUUCUAUUGACAGGAUAUUGAAAGAUUGGCCUCGGUGGAGGAGUUUGUGAAGGACGACUUGGAUGAGAGAUUGGCCUCGGUGGAGGAGUUUGUGAAGGACGUAGAGAAAGAGCUCUAUGUGUUGUUUUUACAGAAGUGAAGAACUCUAUGUGUUGUUGUUUUUGUUUUAUCUGGUAGACAAACUCUUUGUAUUCGGUUGUUUAUUUUU